CCCGCAUGGUGCGUUCCGGGGCGGCCCCGGCGGGAGGGUGAGGGCGGUGGCGGUGGCGGCGGCGCAGUCUGCACCAUGGCGUACCCCGGGCACCCAGGCGCCGGCGGCGGGUACUACCCAGGCGGGUAUGGAGGGGCUCCCGGAGGGCCUACGUUUCCCGGACAAACUCAGGAUCCACUGUAUGGUUACUUUGCUGCUGUAGCAGGACAGGAUGGGCAGAUAGAUGCUGAUGAAUUGCAGAGAUGUCUGACACAGUCAGGCAUUGCUGGAGGAUACAAACCUUUUAACCUGGAGACUUGUCGGCUUAUGGUGUCAAUGCUGGAUAGAGAUAUGUCAGGCACAAUGGGUUUCAAUGAAUUUAAAGAACUCUGGGCCGUGCUGAACGGCUGGAGACAACACUUCACCAGUUUUGACAGUGACAGGAGUGGAACAGUGGACCCUCAAGAACUGCAGAAGGCCCUAACCACAAUGGGAUUUCGGUUGAGUCCCCAAGCUGUGAAUUCUAUUGCAAAACGAUACAGCACCAAUGGCAAGAUCACCUUUGAUGACUACAUCGCCUGCUGUGUGAAACUGCGAGCUCUGACAGACAGCUUUCGAAGACGGGAUACUGCUCAACAAGGUGUUGUGAAUUUCCCAUAUGAUGAUUUCAUUCAGUGCGUCAUGAGUGUUUAAAUCAAGAGGAAGCUGCAUGAACAUAACCGACAUUCCGACUGGAGUCCUCUUUUGCCUUUGCCUUCAGUAACGUGUGUAACUUGCAUCACUGCUUUUCCUUAAGGGCCGUCAUAAAGGUUUAUUACUUUAUGUACAACUGAAGUAUUUAGUAUUGAUAAUAAAUUCUUUGGAAUUUUACUAAUACAAGAUCGGGUCUCUUAUACCAUUUAGAACUUCGUUGAGCCAUUGUCAGUGAUGCCUUAUUUUGUUGCUGAGCCUCUUUUAUGUAAAUUUCAGCAUGCAAAAUGUUUAAGGCACAUUAUGUAUUUUUCAUUGUAAGAUACUUUAAAAUCUUCCCAUCAGACUAUAUUGUUCUUAUCUUUCCUAGAUAAGAGAUUUUACAUGGUAUUGAAGGCCUUAUGUGUGGAGUAUUCUUAUCAUGUAAAUGAUUUAUACCCUCUUGGAUGCAGGAAAAAAAAAACAAC